UUUAAAGAAAUAUUCAAAAGAGUAACGGUUUUAGAAAAUUCAAAAUUGGCGCUAGAGAGGUAUUCAAAAAUUAGUUUAAGCAGGUUGCGGGUUAAAAUAUCCUCCAAGAAAUUCAAGUUAAAAAUUUUAUUACUAAAUUCUCGUUAAAGCAGAACAAAUCUAUUUGUUUAAAAAGUCUGAAAGUAUUCAUAAAGUCCAGAACAUAACAGCCGUGAUAAAAGUUUCAUACAAAAGCGAUUAAAAUCAAGUUUUUUCUGACCUUAAAAUUUAUUUCCUGUCAUCAUUCGUAAAAUAAAAUUUCAUCUUGGAUUAGAAAAAAAGUUGUGAAAGACACAAUAUAAAGCAUAUAAAAUUGAAAAUAAACAUUCAAAAUGCAGAUGAACGUAGCAGGACUGCGAAGAAAUAUAAAGAAUUUAGCACACAAUUACACUGACGCUCAGGUAAAAGUGAGAGAAGCUACAAGUAAUGAUCCAUGGGGUCCAUCGUCAACAAUUAUGGCUGAAAUAGCUGAUUUGACAUAUAAUGUUGUUGCCUUCUCUGAAAUCAUGCAAAUGAUUUGGAAACGAACUAAUGAUCAUGGAAAGAACUGGCGUCAUGUUUAUAAAGCAUUAUUAUUGCUGGAAUAUUUGAUUAAGACGGGAUCAGAAAAAGUAGCACAACAAUGUAAGGAGAAUAUCUUCUCGAUCCAGACACUUAAAGACUUUCAGCAUUUGGAGGAAGGUAAGGAUCAAGGCGUUCAUGUACGUGAGAAAGCAAAACAGCUAGUGAUUUUAUUGAAAGACGAUGAACGAUUAAAGGCUGAACGUGCGAGAGCAUUGAAGGCAAAGGAGAGAUUUGCAAGAACAGCAAGUGGUUUUGGAAGUGAUGGCUCCAUUGAUGGGCCAAGUAGAGACACGCCAGUUUGGCCAGAGUCUGAUCGAAGGAGUUAUAAUGAUAUGGAAUUUGUUAGACCACAGACUGUUGGUGAAGAAGAAUUACAGCUACAAUUAGCGAUUGCGAUGUCAAAAGAGGAAGCUGACCAAGAGGAAUCCAAGAGACGCUCUGAUGAUGUAAGAUUGCAGCUUGCUCUUAGCCAAAGCGAACAAGACUUUAAGAAAAGUGAUGAUAAGCCGGGUGACGGUGCAUUAGUAGACUUGUUAGACAUUUCCUUUGGUGCAUCAGGAAUUUCAAGUCCACCGCACUCGAAUGAUGCUUGGGGAUUGCCUGCAGGAUCUAGGCAACCUCCACAGCCAGCAGCUCGUUCAAUGGGAAAUGAUAUAUGGUCGGCGUCAAAACCAGAUCCUUGGCUGCCUCCACCUCCUAUGAAUAAUACGGCUUCAGCAUUUCCUUUAACAUCGUCAGCAGAAGCACGAACGAAAUCGCCUGCUGCGAACUCUAGUUCAUCGAUUGAGGGAUGGCUGCAAAAUGUUCCUCCACCAACAUCAAAUGCAGUUCCCGUUUUGCCUGCAAAAACACUUUCAAACGAAUUAAAUGAGUCGUGGACAGCAGUUAAAGCUGAUCCUUGGGCAACAAACAACAAACCGCCACAACAAGUGCCUGAUCCAUGGAAUGCAAAGACUUCAAGUGACCCGCUUGAUCCUUGGGCACCACUUGCUGGUGGUGAUCUAGCUAGCGGUUUUCCAGCACCUUCACGUCAAACAAAUAGUGCUCUAGCUGGUCUUACGCCUGGCUCGGACUUGGAUGAAUUUGAUAUAAUUACAAAUCGUAGUAAAUCAGCGCAGCAGACAUCAUCGUCGCCUGCUAAUGACAUGUUAAAUCGCGAGAAUAACAAUCUUCAUGAUUUGCUCGAUUUAGAUCCACUUGCCCAAAAGAAGCCACUACCACAACAAUCCAAGACUCAAAAUCCUGCAGCUUUUCUCGGUGAAAAUUCAGCUCUUGUUAAUCUAGAUAAUUUGAUAAAGCCAAUAAAUCCAUCGAGUAACAAUAAUGCAUAUAAUCCAUUCAGUGACUCACCGGCGAUGAAAAGGAAUUUAUUCCAACAAAAUCAGCCUCAGAAUCCGUCCAUGAAUCAAUUAAAACAGCAACAACAGUUUCCAGUUGCGCCACUUCAAUCAAAAGAUCCUUGGGCACCAGUGAACAAUAAUAGUAACAAUGAUAACAAUCAGAACACCAUAAAUAAUAAUAAUAUUGGAUGGAAUCCAAAUCAAUCAAAUCCAUUUCUGUAAUUCUAUGGAAUUCUAAACUGGAUUUCAAUGCUUUUCUAUUUUGAUGGUAAAAAAACAAAAAAAAAAUCAUAAAGUUUGAUGAUGAAACUUUUCGAUAAACUAUAGAAAGUAUGUAUUAUAUUAGGAUGAAAGAUAAAAAAGGAAAAAAAAAAAACUUUUUAAUGAAACAUUUUGCUAUUCAAGUUUAUAAUUAUAAUAAUUAUAAAGCGAAGAUGAUUAUACAACUGUAUUUAGAUAGUUUUUGGACAUAAAUAUGCAAUUCAUAGCUUCAGCAAAAAACAUAUAAGUGGAUGGAUAAAAAAAAAAUUAAAUCAUUUGUUUAAAAAAAAAUUCUUUACAUAAAAGAAGCCUCAGUCAUUGCAACUCGAUGCAUAGUUAAGCCUCACUUUCUUCUGUAAUUCUUAAUUUUAUGUUCUUUAAUUAUAUUUUGUGUAACUCUUCAUUGUACAACGACUCAGCAAUAACUAAUGAAUAAUCACCUUUAUUCAAUCAAAUCAAUCAAUUUUUGCACUAAUUUAGAUGAUAAUUGAGAUCAAAUGAGAUUCUUCUAUUGUCUACCUUCUUGCAAUUCUAUUCUUUUAAUUUUUUUUAAUGUCAAAUAUUUUUUUACUUACUUCGCUGGUCGUACAGAUCAAUUGUGAUCCAUGACCUACUUUAGUAGUCUCCUAAAGCUAGCUCUAUCGCUGGUCAUUUUUUUAUUGCGGAAAAUUAUAGGAAUCAAGGGCGAAGCCAGAUGCGGGUCCAAAUUUUGAAAUUCGGUAUAAAUGAAAUGGGCGAUUCAUUCAAAUUGACUGCAUUAUAUUAAUCGUGCAUUAAACACUCUGGCUACGUACCUUUUAGGAAUUAUGUUGAUAAAAACUAUGUGCAAGAAAAAGUAAAAAGAUUUAUUUAAUUAAGACAAUUUAAGGGUAAACAAAUGUGUAGAAAAGGAAAUGCUGAUUGUUGAGAGUGACUGGAUUUUCUAUUUUAAAUUGAUUAGUUAUUUUUGUAAGACUUAUUGAUGAGCUUGAAGUCAAAACUAGACAAGUGUGCUUGAUUUUUCCAGAAAAAAAAAACUUUUUGGAUAUGCCUGCUAAUUUGGACAUUGAGAAUCGAUUUUUAUGACAUUUUGUGACAAUUUUAACAAAGGAAAUACUAAUUAUUUGGAUUUAAGGGGUUUAAGAACCCAGUUUUAUGCAUUACGUAAUAAGUAAACGACCCCCAAAUAUGUUUUUGAUUCAAUAAAGCAUAAACUCGUCCGAAAAACCGCAAGAUUACAAUGAAUCGUGCGAAAAUGUAAUAAAAUGUUGCGUGACUGUCACAUAACUGUCAUUGAAUUUCCUUCCAUUAAGCUAGAAACCAUAAAGUUUAGUUUUUAUCACAAACUCAUUUCUAAAUGUGUCGCGUAACUGUCACAUUGAUUGACGACUAAGAUUGUCUUUAUUCAAGAAUUUGAGCGAUUUUAUUCAAGAAUUAAGGGAACUUUGAUGAGUAAAGACAACUUCCAUCAAGAACUUUAGUCAAUAAGUUUUUAAUACUCAUCUAUUAAACAAGAUCCAAUACCCAGUCACUCCCAAUGAUCAGCAAAAUAAUGAUGUAAUGAUUUUAUAAGUUUCUAUCAGCAUUGGAAGUAUAAUAAUUAAUUACCUUAAUACACAACAACAACAUAAAAAAAAUCAGUAAUCCAUUAAUGUUUGAAUAUCCACGUUGUGUCUGUAAAUUGUGCAUUGUUAAUUACCUCAGUAAUUAAUUUACUAAUGCGUUCAGGGAAUGAAACAAAAAAAGUAAGUUCUGACUUAAUUGUAAGUGCGACAAAAAUGACCUUUUGUUAGUAUUAUUGUAAAUGACUAUGAGAUUCUGGGGUGCUACCCAUGCACCCUCUUUUUAAACCCCCAAUCGAUUUUUCACCCUUUUUAUGUCAAAAGUCGUACACUUUUCACCGUUUUGUGAUUGCAAAGUGAUUUUGGCAAGAACUUCAAGACUUUUUUGGAACCAACUUCCUGAAUGCAUUUAGAGAGUUGUAAUGAAUGUAAAAUUUUACCAUUGACUCCCCUUCCUCCCUUCAGAUUAUUAAUAUUUUAAAUUCUACUUUAAUGUCAUCUACGAAGGUCAAGUGAUGAGCAUGUUCCAAGUGUACCACAUUGUGUACAAAUUGACAUGCUCAACAUUUAAUCGAGUACUUUAUUGAAAAUGAAGUAUAUACAUAUUAAUUUAAUGUAGUCAAUUCAAUUUAUACAUAAAUUAUUAUUCUUUAUAUUAUAAUUAUUAUUAUUAUUACUAAAAUAUAAUUUUGUUGCAAGUCUGCGAGUAAAAAAUGAUCAAAAUUUUAAGUUUGUAAUGCAACAUGGAAUCCAUAAAUUAAUAGAAAAUAUACAUUCUGUAAUUUGCUAAUAAUUAAAAUAUAUUUUUCUAAAAUCAA